GAUAAGUACAUGAAACUUCGGAAUGUAAAUAUCGCAAUUUCUGCAAUCCGAUACGAGAAUGUAGACGCCUGCGUGAUGGACGUCUGGCACAAGCCCAGUUUAUUAGUCGAUUCACCCUACAUCCAACAGUCUAACAAGUAACGUAAGUAAUAAGAAAACCCUUAAAAUGUAGCUUAGAACACCAAAUAAUUUUAAUAAGUGCCUUUCACGAGUAUAUUUACACAAUCCGACACAAUGGGUAGAAGAAACAAAUGUAAGCCUCGUAUGAUACCUCAGCAAGACAAGAGAAUAUGUGGCUGUAUCUGCUUUUGCCAACUUGUUGUUGUAUUUAGUUGCGUAUCGCUUAUUUAUUUAACAGUGGCCAUAUACAUUCCAUCGUAUAGAGCAUUUCGUAGUGGAUAUGAAACUCGUCCAGUAAUGUGCCAAACCAUCAACAUCAGUACAGAAAACAACUGUAGCUGGGCAUCGUGCGGUGAGUGGUGUUUAACCAAAACAUCUGGAUUUUGCCCACAGAUACAUUCCACAACCAGACAGAAUGGUACGACAGUCCAAUUCCUGAAUUGUACCAACUUCCACGCUUCCAUUUGUCCACCAGUCAGUCCAGACCAAUUAAAAAAGCACAACUGCAACAACGGCACUGAAUGUGCUUCUCUCCGAGGGGUUUUUAACUGCUCAUUAGGCCAUUGCGCUAACAUGUCACAGCUCUACGACUGUCAUUACAAAGCUGAUGGAUUUACAGUAGAUAGUGAUAGAGAUAAUGCUAAAUUGAACGGGUUUUUCGAAUGCAAGGGGGCCAAAUGUACGAAAAUCAAGAGAGCAUUUUCUUGCGACCGCAUCUGCAAAGAGAAUAUCACUUCUGUGUCAACCAAUGUGUUUAUUUCUAAAGGAGACAGUGUUAAUUUUGCCCAUUGCGAAUCUGCAAUAGCUACCACCAAAGCUAAUGGUCAAGAGGAAGGUGUUCAAAUACCGCAUACACAAUUUUGGUCGAAAAUGCCCAAUGAAGCAUUCAUGGUUUCGUGCCACAUGAUAAAAUUUGAUGAAAGCAUUCAAACGAUACACGCAACAGACUGCAUCAAUGGAACAAUAUACGAAUUAGGGACUUUGCCUAAACCUUUCAUAACAUUUAAAGAAUUUUGGAACUUAACUGGUAAACACAGGAAUGUAGUAGAUCCAAAGAACGAAUUUGUACCACUCCAAUCAUCUUUAACAAUUUACAAUGCUUCACGGUUAUUUAUCAACUUAGACGGAUGUGUUAACACUCUUAGAGGCGAAUGUUCAGAUUUUCUUAAUACUCAUGGAAGAGAUGGAAGGAAUCAAACUGCGCCAUCUAGGUAUCCUUGUUUUUAUAACAAAAACAAUUCUUUCAUGGUGGUGGCCCGUUACGAUUUGAAUAAAACGUGGAGAGAUUUACUAAUAGCAAUUAGUAUACCAUCCGUCUUAUUUGUAAUAUCCUUCAUUACGCUGUGCGCUAUAAUGCAGUCAGUAAGGGUAGACGAUGACGCAAAAAUGCGUUGCAAAUACUGUUUUGGUACAUACACAUCGGAUAUGACCGAGAUGAUAAACAGCAAAUACGAGGUUUCUUCGCCAGAAUCGGAUGGACCUUACAAUAGAAGAAAUAACAAUCAAGAGGAACUAAGUUAACAAACUUCGUUCAUACAAUAAUACUAUUUUUGUAAUGUUGAUAACAAGCAACUACGCUUAUCCGGAGUGUAAACAAAAAAUUUGAUUAAGGUGUGGAGUACGAGUUUAUUCAGAAUUAAAAAAAUUAUAUGCCCAACAGUGCCUACUUUUAAAUAUCUGAAAACGUUUAAAAUAUUUGGAAUUCUCUUUUAUACAAACAGGUCAAAUUUUAUCAGUAUUUUGUACCUAUAUCAGUAUAGUAAAAUGUUUCAUACUGAUUCAAUACAAUUCAAAGAAUUCAGUAACCACUUUAAUACACAUAAUCAAGUUUUGAAUUGUUUACAUGCUGUGACUUCUAGAUAUUUAAAAAACUGAUCAACCAAUACACUUAUACUCUAUACCAAUUAAGGUAUAGAUAACACGAUAGCAUUUACAUACUGAGUGAUAACUCCUUUUUUUCACCUAUUCAAAAGUUAAGAAAAGAAACAGGUGUUCUAAAAGUGACAUAAUAUACAUUGAUUGAAGUAAAUUAAAAAAGUAUAUAUAUAUAAUAAAUAUGUUUUGUAGGAAACAAUAGACUUUAUGAAAUGUUUUAACACCAUGUAGAGUAUCAACCUCUGUCGAGACAAUUUUAGUUAACGAUUUAUGUUCCGGCAGGUUGUUCCAAGCAAGUUCUAAAGAUUUAUGUUAUGUUCUGUAUAAUAUUUUAUGUUUGCGGUGAUUUUGUGAAUUAUUGUGACCCUAAAAUAUUUCUAAUGAAGCCAUAAUCUAGCAAUAACUUCAAUCAUUCUUUCCGGUGGAAAUAUUUUUAGAUUUUGCGCCUUUUUAAACACGCAUGCUUUUAUAGGGUGAUCCAAAUUCAACACUUUUAUAGCAUAUUAAUCAAACAGUGUUAUAACGAAUUACAAUAAGACUUGGACCACGUUCAUUAUUUUUAAAGUGAAUUGGAUCAAAUUUGGAACUCAAGAAAAAAGUCUUUUAUCUUCAAAAUAACGAAUAUCAAGUUUGUAGGAUAUUUAAGUUCAGUUAUUGAUAAGUUUGACGUUUAUCAAUAACAACAAACAUGAUUUGUUUACCAGUUUCAUAGCAACUUAAUCAGAGAUCAAAUUUUAAGGCAAAAUUUGUUUCAAAACGUAUGUCGCACACGUUAGUUAAAUAUCAAUUUAUUUGUUUAUUAAUAGAUACAACUUUUUUUAUUUUUGUAAGUGAUCAAAGGAUAUCAAAAAAGGAAUAAUAAAAUACAUUUUAAAAAAUGCAUUAUAUCGUUUUUUGAUAAUAGAUAAUGGAUCAUGAGUACCUAAUUUGUUUUAUGUCUGGCCCAUUGAGUGAUAGAUAUCUUAUAAAGAGUCAAAUUUUGGAGCACCAAGUGUAAUGUAGAACUGCCUGCUGGAAUAUAUCUAAAAUGUUAAGAAAGCC